AUGGUACUCAUUCCAAAUAAAGAUCCAGAAGCGGAUUAUCUUCUUGUAAGAGUUGUAGGUGGUGAAUUGCCUGGUGCGACUUUCUCUCAGAGGGUUGGUCCAAUGAAAAUACCUGGUAAAGUUGUUGGUGAAGAAGUUAGAAAGCUCACAGCCAAAGAGUUCGUUCAGCAGAAGAUUCAUGUUCUUUUGAAAGUAAAGGAUAGAAAGGCAACGUGUGAACUAAUGCCUUCUACAGCGCAAAUCAUAAUAAGAGAGCUUAAAGAGUGCAGAGAACCAAGAAAGAAAGGAUCUGAAAAGGCACCAAGACUUCACAACGGAUCUUUAAGUUUAAAUGCGCUUUUCAAAGUCGCAACAGAGGUUAGAGCAAGAUCUAGAUCUAAUUCUAUGAAAGGGACAGUUAAAGAAGUUCUUGGUACAGCUAGAGCGGUUGGAUGUUCUAUUGAGGGAAAACACCCCAAGGAGGUAACAUUUGCUGUUACAAACGGCAGAGCAGCAGUUGCUGAGUUAUUUGGAAUUGAGAAUGUAAAUUCUUUACCGGCAUUUUUAGAUGAUUAA